AUGGCAGACAACGUGUCAAAUCGGUCAAGGACUCAUGCCUCCCGCUACUCUCGGUCUUCCAGCAGAUCGUGUACGGCGGCUGCUGCUGCUAUCGCCCAAGCUAGGGCUGAAGCAGCCAAAACACGUUUAGCUUUCACAGACAAGGAGCUAAAAAUAAGGAUGGAGUUGGAGAAACUACAGCUUGAAAAGGAGACGGCUGCUGCCGUAGCUGAAGCAGAAGUUCUGAGGGAAGCUGCCGACGAGCUAAAAGAACGGUCCAGCUGCAGCCACUCAAAACUCGACUGCACUCCCGCUGACCCUAGCACACGGGUCCGAGAAUACUUAGCCGACCAAGCAAGCCAACCGAAACAAGAGAUGACUGGACCCCAACCACCUGUUAACGAAGAAAUCGUUCGGGGAUACCAGUAUGGUCGGUUCGAACGCGGAGACCGACUUCUCCCUCAUAGGCCAGGGAGCCCAGACAGACCUACCCAAACAAGCCCUCCUAUCAUCAGCUAUCACUCCCCUAACUCACGUGUCGAAGACACCGAACCUCUUAACGACCGGUACCCCACCAACACCAGGGACGCCUCCCAGUCUCAAUAUACCUCAGACCUUGUGAGGUACUUCACCCGGCGGGAGCUCAUCACCACUGGACUGCCACCUUUCAACGAUAGACCUGAAGACUACAGAGCAUGGAAGCGGUCUUUCCAGAGUGCCAUCAGACACCUCGGUCUCACAUACAGCGAGGAAAUGGACCUUUUCGUAAAAUGGCUUGGUAAAGAGUCAGGGGAGCAUGCGAGGAGGCUCAGGUCAGCCCACCUGAACCACCCAGAAAGAGGGCUCAUGAGAAUAUGGGCCCGACUCGAGGAAUGUUACGGGGCUCCUGAAAUGAUAGAGGAUGCUCUCUUCAAACGAGUAGACGACUUCCCCAGACUGUCAAACAACGAUCUUCCUAGACUUAGGGAACUCAGCGAUUUAGCUACCGAACUCUUGUCAGCCAGGGAAGAUGGAAACCUUCCUGGCCUCGCCUACCUGGACACUGCUCGAGGGCUCCGCCCUUUAUAA